AGUCGACCGGUUGGCGUGGUUUCGAAUUCUAUUCAAGAACUUUCGCGGCGUGUGAGCUGUGUCGGAACACGUGCCUAUCCGUGCAUUAUUCUGCAUUGUUGAGUUAAAUAUGUGUAGGCCGAUUAUCGGCUGGUAUCUGCAUGUACUUUAGUGAAGGGUGAUGUUAAUUACGAACAUCAUUUAGCUGCGCGCACCAACGUUUGUGAGCACAUAUUGUCUCCAAGUGCGUUUGACGCAGAAACCGAUGAUGUCUGGAACCAACGAAGUCAUCAUGGUGCAGGAUAGUGCCGCAUCUACGCCGAACCAAACUGUACUGCGCGCAAACAUCGGGACUGCGCGUGCGGCAGAAGAUUGGGUGAAAAAGUACAGCGCAGAGUCUUGCACAUCUUGGAUAGUCGAGAAUGUGCGAACCCGUUGCACCAGGAUGGUGUUCCACAAAGUAUGGCUCUGCCAUCUAAAUCAUCGGAACAAGACUCGUCCCGCCUCCCUGGAAAAACCAUCUUGCCCAGCCAAGCUAAGCAUUAAGAUAAAGAAAAUUAGCAGGGGCACCAUAGCAAAGGACAAGUUCCUUCGCUCAAACCGUCCGCUUCCGGCCGUCAUCAGACUGAUCUCCGGCCACAAUCACACAGUUGCAUCGGCUGAUGCACCUGUGUCGUUGCGAUCUACAUCAGAGACCAAGGCCCAGUUUGAACGCUACUUUGAAAUGGGCAUGAUUCCAUGCGAGGCAAAGCUCUACCACGAGCGGCUUCUUGCUGCACAAGGAAAUGACACAUUUCCCCACUCUAAGGCAGCACCAGACCCCACAUCCAUCUACAACUGGCACAAACAGUGGCGGAAAGCCAAAUAUGGAUCACCCGAGAAUCCUUUGCCAAAGUUGAUGGAGAAAGCAUCCGCCUAUUCGGCAAGUGGAGCAGACGUGAAAUUGAGUGGCACGGAGGAUUCCUGGGCUGUUAUGAUAGUGACACCAAUCAUGCAUCGUGCCCAGAAGCUAACAUCUGCUGGUGACUUGAUCUUUGUGGACACUGUGCCCUCGUGCGACACAGCAGGAAGCACCGUUACUUCCUUAUUGACAGCCACAAGGGCCGGGGCCGUGCCAAUUGCUGUGUUCAUUCACAGAGAACAGACCACUAAAGGGUACCAAAUGGCCUUUGCCUUGCUUAGGACUGAGUAUCCAUUGUGCUUCGGGAACCGGCAGCUUCCUGCAGCCUUCGUAACUGAUUGUUCGGCUCCAGUUAAGGCAGCUCUUCUCCAAACUUGGCCAGGAGCCAGACAGCUGCUCUGCCAUGUCCAUACUCUGCAGGCAGAGUGGCACUGGCUCAAUAACAGUGACGAAGCAAGUGGGGUGCCCAGACAAAGCCGCUUGAAGUUUUUUUCUUGUUUCCGAAAGGUUCUGUAUGCAAGGUCAGAAGAGGAACUUGAACGGGCUAAGGAAGAGAUUCGUCAGUGCAAACAUAAAGCCUAUUUAGAACGGGCUGAAGCCUUCUUUGUUCGUGAGAGAGAGUGGUCACUUUUGUGCCGUGUUGAUCUUACUGCACAGAAGCAGGACAUAAAUGCUUAUUCUGAAGUCUCCAUACGAAUCCUCAGGGACAUUCUUCUCGGCAAAAUGUUACCUUAUAACGCAGUUGCGUUACUGGAAAUUGUCAUCACAGAAUGGGAGGCAUACUUGAAAGCAAGAAUCCUGCAGCACAGUCACCCUGCGUCCCACUUUGACCACCGCUGUGGAGGUUCGUGUGUGAAAAGCCUUGCAAAGCUUCUUAGAUGGACGCCAAGUGCUUCUCAGGGCAUCCCUGUCGUUCAAAGGGAAAGUGAAAAUGUGUUCUCUAUCAGAAGUGCUCCUGGUCGCAUAGAAUGCAAGGUGCAGUACGACCUUGGUCUCUGCAGCUGCUGGCCAGGCAAACAGGGCGCAUUUUGCAAGCACCAGGUUGCCGUUGUACAGGAGUUUAAGCGGCCUUUUCCCUGCAUGCCAGAGACGACUGCUGAAGAGUGCCGUCAACUUGUGAUGCUUGCACUGGGCAAGAGAUCUCAAUCCCCAUCCUCCUCUGCGUCACCAACCACACAAACCUGCAACUUGGACUCAACAUUGGAUGUCGGAGAAGGGGAUGUUGGGAAGACACCUGAUCACAAUGGGUUGGAGGCUGCUACUGGAGAUACCGGAGACCCCCGCAUGCAGGAGUCUGAACUGGAGAUGGAAAAGUCCACCUGUUUAGAGCACCUGCAGGAUAAUGCACGGGUCCCAGAGGAACAAAGUUACGAAGCUCUGGUGUCAUCACUGAAUCAGGUCCAUGAGCUGGCCAAGCACGUCCCCGGCUACUUGACCCUUGUGGACAGAGUUGUCUCGGAAGUGAAAAAGCUGGAAACAAGCCAUGCAGCGUACGGCUUCUUGUUGCGACUUGAUGCAUCAGCUGCUGCAGAAAGGCACAGGUUGUUAGCGCCAACCUCCAAGCGUCCCAGAAAGAGGCUUCGCACUUCAGUACAAGACAAGAACAGCAUGCCUGGAGCUGGACUGCACUAGUUACGAAUGCUGGCCUUCAUACGUCCAUAGACAUGCCCGUUUCACCACUUACAUUCAACACAUUGCAUGUGUAGAGUCUGAAUAUUUUCAUAGUGGACUCUAUUGAAAGCCGUGAGCAAGAACAUCUGUGAAGCUCGUUAUCAGUACCUGAGCUACAUUUUAGUAGAAACGUGGACAUUUAGUGAGAUCAAGUGUUUUAAUGAGAAUUUUAAUUUUGCAUUUAUUAUUUAACUGCUAGGGCAGACAAAUGACCUUUCUCUGUCACAGCUAUCUUAUGGUCUUUCGUAAAACUGGUGAUGUGUUUUCUGAUUUUGCUAAUGUAAGUGCUUUUUUGUCUGCUAUUUAAUCUGCAAAACAACCUGCUGGGCAGUUUGGGAACAACUAGUCAGAGUGCACUGCAUUGCGUUAACUUAUAGUGCUUUUGUAUUAUUUUUGCAGCAGUGCCAAAGUACAAGUGUCUUAAAAGUGUCAUUUGUUAAGAAUAACAAAUGUGAAAUAAUAAAGUGUGAUUGUUGCUGACUUGGCAGAGCUGACUCAAUUACAAAACUUAUUUGAGGGAAAUUUGAACUUCCUCAGCUAUGCAUCUGAAGCAGUGAGCUUCAUCAAUUGCAUGUCCACCACUUGUAAUGGCAUAAAUUUAUUGCCCCCUUUAAUGUGAAUAGCGAGGCAAAUUAAUUGGAGUAAUGGAUUUGCAUAAAAGUGCCUAUCAAGUUUUUGCACUUUAAUAGACACAAAGUAUGUUAUUUAUCAAAUUUGGUACUGUGUCAUAUGCUUUGACAGACUUCAUUUGAUGUUUUUAUUGCCAUGCAGUCGAACCUCGU